AAAAAUAAUACCAUAGUAUAAUAAGUAAUCGCGAGCGCACCCUAAAAAUCACGGGAAAAUAUGGUCUUGGUCUUCUUCUCCCCCCAGCCUCCUCCGCAGGCGGCGAAGUAGCACAAGGAAAAGGUCCAAUACAAAAAAAAAUCCGCGGCGGCGGCGGCGGACGGACGGACGGAGCCAGCAGCUGCGGGGGAAGGCGGCGCCGAUCGGUCAGUCGAAAAGCAGCAGCGGCCGCGUGGGGAUUUUUUUUUUCUUCUUCUUCGCGACGCAGCGCAGCGCAGCGCACGCAAGGAAUCCGUGGAGGGAAGGGAAGGGGAAGGGGGGAAGGGGGGAAGGCAGCGGAUGGAGCGGCGCGGUUCGGACUAAAAAGCUGGGUCGCCUGGACGAGGGCGGGCGGCGGCGCGCGGAGGAGGAGGGGGAAGAGGGAGGGAGAGAUUUGCCGAAGACGACGACGCGGCGGCGGCGGCCCUGGGUUUGAUGCGGAAGGCCGGAGCAAAAGAGGAUUAUAAGGGAUCUAUUGGAUCUGAGGGUGCAGUUGAUGUCAACCAGGCUCCUGGUUUCAUGAUUCGGGUGUGCACCUGUACUGGAAGGCCAUCAUCACUUAACUCAGGUGUUUCAAUGACCUGCAAAGGCUGUGGCGGUGAAUCGACAACAGACAGAGGUGGGCCAUCGUGUAACAGCAAGUUCAACACCAUGGGCUUGGAGCUUCCAAGGCCUAUAGAUCCUGAGGUGAGAUGGAAGACUAUAAACAGAAGGCAAAGAGCUGCAAGGAGAGCAAGGACCUCUUUCUCUGGACAAGACAAAAUGAAGGAUGAAAUAAUGUCUUUCUAUGCAUGCAGCAAUGCUACUAAUCAACAAUUGGCACAAGAUGAUGCUCCUGUUUCUGAGUCCGAGAAGUUUGGGGUAUCUAUUCUUGGUCGGCGCUUUAGUGACCCUAUGGAAAGUGUUCCAAUAAAAAAGAGAAGAUUUCUUAUGGAUUGUUCUCCAUCACCUCCACCCACUCCAUUGCUAGUGGAUCCAUAUGAAAAACUGCUGAGUAGAUCCUCUGGAGGUAUCUCGUCACGCGGAAAGCAUCACAAGGUUAAAGCACCUGCACUUGAUUACAUAGAGGAAACGAGAGGGCCUUUUGGCGCAGAUGAUUUUUCUGGCAUAUCAAUACUUGCUGCUGCUGCUUGCACAAGUGAGUUGGAUGAUUACACAUUGGAUGCCGAAUGCUCGAAGUCGGCACACUGUGUUGAAGAAAGAAAACCAGAACAUAUCGCUGGUAGUUCUGAGUUGAAUGUCCUAAGUGAAAUCAAGGAGGAGAUGCUAAAUACUCUGGAUGCUUCAAAUUGCAAAUCAAACCAGCCACUGGAGUCAUCUGAAUCUGCUCCUGAUAUGAAGCCUGUGUUUUCCCCUACAUUGAACAGUGAAAAUAUCGUUGAAUCUUCACAUGCUGAGAAGGAUUGUUCUGUGCCUUAUUCCGCAUUGGGCAGUGCAAACAAAGCAGAUGAUUUUUCAUCUGCUUCUGUCACAAAGUCUUCAGGUGUUACCAUAUCAAUAAACGCAAGUCAUCCAGACAAAUCUGUAGGUUGCUUGCAGGAUAUAGUCAUGGAAACUAAGCAUUCCAAUGGCACCCGUGACUCUAGGUUGCAUUGGGAUCUUAAUGUUGCAAUGGAGGCAUGGGACACUAACUGUGGUGGUGACGAUGAUCAUGAUACGGUUGGUCCUGAGCCUGUAGCUUCUGCUAUAAGCAGUUGUAGUGACGCUGAAAAUGUGACGAAUAAGCUGCAGGCAUGUCAAGCUCCUUUUGACUCAACAAUUGCUGGCAACAUUCCUGAUCUUUCAGAGGACAAAACUCCUGCGAUUGAUGAACCAAGCGAUGCUUGUACAAAGGGUGAAAGUGAUUUUGCUGGUGAUAGUUCAUCUCAACCUUUGUGCAGUCUGUCGCCGCAAAAUGUGCAGAUUUUAGAAUCGAGACUGCUAGAAUGCAAUGAUUCAUCUGCAGGAACAAAGGAUUUGCCUGAUCACAAUGAUAUAGGCAAAGUAGAAUCACAUCUAGGAUCUGAUCCUGAUUGCAGUUCUUUGGCUCCUAUGACCGGGUGUUUUGCUUUGACUGCAAAUGAGGAGAAACUUGAUGUUUCACAUGCCUCAGCCCUUGGUUGUGUAGGUCCGUCCCAGAUGGCUUCUACAGAUGGUUCUGUUGGGAUUAAUUCAAUUCAAAUGAGUGAACUGGGCUCCAGAGUGAAGCCUUUCACAAGCACGUUAGUUUCUGAGGAAAGCACAAACCUUGCAACAGUAACUGUUUUCAAUAAAAGUUCUACUGGUCUUGGCUGGAGCAAUGAUAAACUUGGGCAAGCUUCUCAACAAAGCAUAUCUGAAUUUAAGAACCAAGAUCUUUUGGAUGUUGAUUCUGGAACUAGUAAAAUUGAUCAGUCAGCUCAUGACAAGGUUGAACAUGGCACCGAUGGCACUGAUGUAUUGAGCAUCUCUAAGACAGCUGCAGAUGUAGAUGAUGAUUUGGACCUCUCUGAUACUCAUAUGAAUGAUAACCCAGGUUCUUCUGAUCGUGGGAUGUCCCACACUCAUGAAAAAGAGGGUGCUGAUGCACCUAUUAGUCAUAAUCUCACUUGUACUGACAGUAGCAAUGCAUUAACAUGUCAUACUACAGAUGAUGCCCAUGAAGCUCCCCUUAUCAAUUCAGAAUGCAUCAAACCAGUUACUGACAUUGACAGCAUUGCGGAUUCACAAUCUGCAGAACAAAACUACAUUGGGAAGGUUCUAUCGAAUAAUUUUACGGAGCAUUGUCAUGAAGCAGAGGCUCCUCAGAUUAUUAAAGAUCUUGCUGGGACUGGAAAUAUUGGUGCUGAAGAGGAUGAUUCUCAAUAUGAGGACGGGGAACUUAGGGAAUCUGGCGGGUAUUGGGGAGAUGAUGCUUAUGAAGAAGUUAAACAUGUCAAUUACCAGGUGUUAGAUUGCAAGAGUGAUGCCCCAGGCAUUUCUCCUUUACCUCCUGGCUCCAUGAAUACGGGUAACCUAGUGGUUGACGUCAAUGGAACACAUUCCAGGAAUAAAGAUGGUGAUGUUUCACCAGCUGCAUUGAAGCGUUCAUGGUCAACUAACUGCAUAGAUGAUGGAUCUGGAAUGAUGUGCACUGGAAAUGCUGGUGAGAAGGCUCUCAAUGUUCACUUGAGAGUGAAUGGUGACUCGAGAAUAUAUGAGAUGAACUCAGGCCAUGUAAUAACUGGAUCUGCUGCAACAGCUAACCAGUCUGAGAGGGUCAAUGAUGGUUUAGGGGAUGAUAUUUCAAGUCUGAGGAUGAAGCCCACGGGAUGGGAUAUGUUACCUGAAGAUCAGAGGCAUUCUCAACAUGAUUCAAGGGACACAGUUGAUUCAUCUAACCGAUGUGUUUUGAGCACAUCAGAUACAGCUGCUGCUGGUGAAUCAUUGCGGCAUAUGGAGUUAUCAAAUGGAGAUAUGCAACCACGAGAAGAACGACCAAGAUCAUUUGACAGAACCCACAGAAAUGAAUUAUGCAGAUCUGAUGAUGGUUAUGGCUCAGCUUCAAAGGCUGAAAGAACCGUUGAUGUUAGAUCACAAGAAAGAGGUGCAGCAUCACGACAUGUUCAAGGUAACAGCCGGGUGGAACAAUGGGUGGAAAAUUCAAACAGUUCUCGUCCUACCCGGCGCAAAUCACCUGAUUAUUAUAAUUAUGGCCUGCCUGGUCCAAGGAAUGCUGCAGAAGCUGCUGUUGCAAAGAUGCAGAGCAAUGGUUUUGUAGUUGCACCUGAUGGCACUUUGGUAAAGGCAGUUGAUACCGCAAAUGCUAGUAAAAUGGCUAGGAGGGUGAGAAACAACACUUUAAGUAGCUCAUACCGCCCUUUAUCUGGACGGGGUUCUCCAAUUGACAGAGAUGGAGGUAGUGGCGUAUCCAGAGGUCCUGCACAUGCUAGGGAAGCAUCCCCAGAAAGACGCUUUGGUACCAUUGGUAAUCGAUCUGUUCGAUAUGGUCCUGAUAUGGAUAAAGAUCAUGCUAAUUUAAAUAUGAGUUCAGCUCAUUGCUCACUGGCCAAUAGACAAAGGAGGUUCCCACCUCAUAGAGCCUCACUUAACCUUUCACGUGCUCACAGCCGAUCCCCUUCUGGUUCAAGGUCUCGAUCUCCACAUGCUUGGACAUCACCUAGGAACAGAAGGGAAGUUAUGGUGAAUGGCAGUUCAAGUUUAUGGAGGCAUAGCAGAAGUAGAUCUCCGCCUAAUUACAUGACUGAAGUUAGAAUGGGAAGAAUGGCUUCACCUUCUAGACAACCUGGAUUUGGUGAUCGAGUUAUGCGUUAUAGCCCUUCAUCAAGAGAUCAUACUUACUCUCAACACAGUUCUACAUGGGCUGGUGGGAGGAACUGCUCAACUGUUGAUAUUCCUGAUCAUAAAAAGCGAUAUUCGAGGAGAAGCCCACCCCUGAGAACCACCUCAAGAAAUGACAGGUUUGAUGUAGACUCCAGCGGACGGCCAAGGUCUGGAGAGUUGUAUCGCCCAACACAGGGAAGACUUCCUUAUGGCUUUGAAAGGGGGAGGGGAAAUAGGCAUGAUGGGAACAGUGAUGAUCAGAGGGAGUAUGCUGAUGGAUAUGAAACUCAUUCUGCCAAGCCAUAUGACAGGAAUGGCGCUACAAAGCAGUUCAGAAAUCAUACAGGAGAUAAACUUCAUCCACGCAUUUCUGCUCCCAGAUCGCCAGAACCCCAAAGAAGGGGAAGCCCUCGGAGAUUUGAAAGGGGCUUCGAGAGGCAGCUGGGUGUGGAUUUGCCUCGUGGAACUAAAGAAGAUAACAAAAAUCCUUUCAGAUAUGAUUGAAUUGGAAAGCAAACCCAUGCUGGAAACCUGGGCUCCUAUGCUCACUACUAUUUGACAAAGGAUUACCUUGACAGCGUUGCUUCUUGUUCUGUUUCUGCAUCUGUGCGCAAGCCACAGAUAAGCUGAAAUCAUGCACUCAGGAGGGAUUUGCAGAUUAACGAGGGAUUUGAUUAACUUUACAAUUUUCCUCUUUUCGUUUGUAAAUAUUUAUAUCAGUAGUAGAUCACAAUCACUGGUUUACAGCUUUAUAGCUGUUCUUUUUUAUUUAUUAUAUUUUCUUUACCCCCUCACUGCACUCUUUUUCAAUGGACAUUAUGCCUGUAUGAGGUCCAUUUAAACAUGAUCAAUCAAUCAAUUAAUUUUGAACUGAAACUUGUGGAU